AUGGCAUGUUACUACGUAGUGAUCAGCUCCACGCACCUGCGGGACGGGAAACUCCGGAGCAUCAAAGGGCUGUUCCGGGGGCCCAUAGGAGCGAGGGCUCGGAGCAUGGUGGAGAAAGGCUCCAGCCUGUACUGUGAACUCUGUGACAAACAGUACGAGAGGCAGCAGCAGUUUGACAAUCACACCAGCUCCUAUGACCACCACCACCGUCAGCGUCUGAAGGAACUAAAGCAACGAGAGUUUUAUCGAAUGUUGAGCAGCAGGAGGCAGAGAAAAGGCCAAGAGCAGGGGCCUCAGAGCAUGCAGCAGGAAAAGGGCUCUGCACAGCGCACUACAGUGGCCCUGGAUAAAUCAUUGAAUGAAACCGAUGUCUUCGCCAGCUGCAGUAAAGACCCUGUAGUACCCCAGGUCUGGAGCAGCUCACAUUGGCUUUCCAGUAGUCCAGCUGAGCGUGACCUGAGCAUUACAGACAUUACAACCAUAAAACUGGAAACCUCACACACUCAAACUGAUGUUCUGGAUCAAACCAUUCAACCUGGUCAUGUUAACAAACCCCCUGAACCUCACCCUCACGUGAACCAGGCUGCUCCCUUAUUGGCCACUAAUAUCACCUCUGAUGGCUGUGGUUUGUCUGGGACAAACACACACAAUGUUCACAGCGACACCCGGGUGAGCUUCUCCCUUCCAAAGAGAAACUGUAUGCUUCGCCACCAAUCAGCUGCUGUCUUCCUACAGACCACGACUCCCAAGGAGACGCAGCCUCCUCAAAAUCUAGUUAACUUGAAUUUAGCCUCUUCGGUAAAAUGUAAAGUUCCCACAGAUCCUGUCAUUGGUGCAAACCUGGCCCUAAAGACAACACAAAAAGAGUUGAAGGACUUUCAAGAAAAUGCAACACAAAACACAUCUUUACAGCGACCAAAAGAGCCAUUCUGUGAGGUCCUGAGCCGUGACGGUACCACUGUCCUCCUAUGGCCUUCGGAGAUGGUCAGCUACACCCGCACUGCCCCGUCCAUCUCUUUCAGUGUCAACCCUCUGUUGCACAACUUCAGAGCUAAAAACACAAUCAAAGACGUGCCCAUGAACAGGGGAGAAGAGCUAGGGAGGAAAGAACCAUGUGUGAUCAAACAGGCCAAGCAGGAGCAGAGGCAAGCGGAUACACAGGGAGGGGGGUUACUGAGCAGACUUGAAAGUAAACUGGAACAUGGAGGCGGACAGGCAGCAACGGCUGGAGAAGUGGUUGCCCAUGGAUGCUGGGCCAACCACAGCCCACUGGGGAGCAGCUCAAAGCCAAAGGGGUGGGAGGAGGCUUUGGGUACAGUGCAGUUGUGGAUGAUGAUGAUGAGAGCUGGUCGUGCUGCUAUACAGAAAUCCAGGCCUUUUGUCGCCAUCUCCAAAACACCUAUUGUUCAGUGA